AUAUAGUGAAUGCGGGGUCCAGAUAUAAUGAAUGCGGGGUCCGGGGAGACCAGAUAUAAUGAAUGCAGGGUCCGGGGAGAGCGGAUAUAGUGAAUGCGGGGUCCGGGGAGAGCAGAUAUAGUGAAUGCGUGGGUCCGGGGAGAGCGGAUAUAGUGAAUGCGGGGUCCGGGGAGAGCGGAUAUAGUGAAUGCAGGGUCCAAGGAGAGCGGAUAUAGUGAAUGCAGGGUCCGGGGAGACCGGAUUAUAGUGAAUGCAGGGGUCGGGGAGACCGGAUAUAGUGAAUGCAGGGGGGUAGAAGGGGGAAGGGGGGGUAGAAGAUUCCUGUAGGCAGGAAGGGGGUAGAAGCGUCCUGAAGGGGGGUAGAAGCGCCCGGUAGGCAGGAAGGGGGUAAAAGUGCCCGGUAGGCGAGGGGUUAAAG